AUGGCGCCCGUCUGCUUCUCUGACCUGCCACCUGAAGCGCUCGACGACAUCGCCCGCUGCGCCGGACCCCUCGACAACGUCGUGUGCUCCGCCGUCUGCCGGCCGUGGCGCCGCGCCCUGAAAACCACGCGCCUCCGCACACUCGAACAACCGAGCCGCCCGUACAGCGUGAGACUAGACCAGUGGAGCAAUGGCAUCGAGCUCUGUCCUCUCCGCCUCACCCGCGAACGAAUCGUCCGCAUCCCCAGCGACGGCGGCGCCGCGCCAGUGACCCGCAUCAUCGGGUCCUCCCACGGCUGGCUCGUCACCGUCGACGAGGAGUGCGGCCUGUCCCUGCUCGAGGCCGUCACCGGCAGGGCGUUCCCGCUGCCUCCCAUCACCUCGUCCGGCAGCAAGAAGGUGGCCAGGGACCUCGACCAGAUGGGCGAGUCCAUGUUCCAGAAGGCGGAGCUGGUUCCCGGCCGCCGUGUCGGCACCUUCGCCGUGAUGCUGAUCCACGGCGGCGGGAACGGCCUGUCGUUCCUCCGGCCCGGCGCCAAGUCGUGGACGGCGCUGUGGUUCCCGAAAUGGAUGCAGCACAAGUACGUCGACGUCGUCUACCACAAGGGCGCGUUCUACACGGCGAGCCGCGAGGCCGCGGUGACCGCCUGGGCGCCGGACGCGAGCUCGAGCGGCCUGCACGCGACGCGCGUCACGGAGCCGAGGCCGGAGAAGUGCACGUGGGCCGCACUCGUGGAGUCGCUCGGCGGCGGCGACCUGCUCAUGGUGAGCAGCGUCGGCGCCAUGGACGACGAAGACCAUGCGCGACACGGCUACCUCCGCGGGUCCCGGCGGUACGAGGUGUCCCGCUACGAGGAGCGCGAGGAGGGGAGGUGGCUCCCCGUGGAGGAUCUCGGCGAGGUGGCCAUCCUGGUGGGGAUCGGCGGCCGCAGCCUGUGCGUGUCGACGCGAGGCGGCCGUGACGCGCUGCGCAACCACCUCUACUUCGCUCGGCCGUUCGUGUCCUUCGAGUACUACGACGGGCAUCCUCGGGAGUAUCGCCUGCCGACGGCGACGCCGGGGUGCGGCUUCGAUCGCUCCAUGUCCACCUCCCUCAGACGCGAGAGCGCAGGCCAUGGCGCCAAGCGAGAUGUGGGAGUAGCACAGAUGCGGCUAACGCCGGCGGCGCGGACGCAAACGGCGCGGACGACCUCCGGCGUGGAGGACGCGGCCGCCGGCUGA